AUGCUCGUCUCUCUCACUGUCGGCAAGGUCGACGCCGGCGUUACUGUCCUACUGACUCCGGAUAAGCGCUUGAUCGAAUUCCCGUCUAUCCUCCUCCCUCCCAAUAUCUCCUCUGGCAGCAUCGUCGACAUCAACGUUUCGCAAAAUGCAACCAAAGAAGCCGCCGCAGAUCGCACAUUCCGUGCCCUACAGGAUAGCAUCUACAGUGCAUUUGGUGCUUCCGAGCCUGUGACGCCCGCGCUGCGUUGUCGCAAUGCUACCCAGACCUCAGUUGUUCUGGAAUGGGAUCCUAUCCAGCUUGCUACCGCCGACCUCAUCUCUCUGAGUCUCUACCGAAAUGGCCAGAAAGCCGGAAACAUCCCUCGCCCGCUACAGAUGCACAGCACAAAGAUCAGCGGUCUUGCUGUCGACACCGAAUACACUUUCCACCUGGUCUUGCGUACAAGUGCCGGUACCUUUGUCAGUGACCGCGUUCCCGUGAGAACACACAAGAUGACGGACCUGAGGGGUAUCACAAUUACCACAGGCAUUAUGCCAAGUUCUGUCAAGGAUAACUUGGUCAAGGCAGUCGAGCGCAUGGGGGCCAAGAUUGUGGAUGGUGUCCGUAUUGACACAACGCAUUUCGUCACUACUGAGGGCCGUGGUCAACAAUGGGAGAAGGCUGUUGAGAGCAACAUUCCCGUCGUACGGCCAGAAUGGGUCGAGGCCUGCGAGAAGGGCAGUCGCAUUCUCGGUGUGACAAAGUUCUAUCUUGAUGCUAUGAAGCCUGGACCUCCUACUGAGGAAUCUACACCUCCUCCACCUCCGCCUCCUGAGAAAGAGGAGAAGAGUCUACCCGUACCGCCCGCACAGAAUGGUGAACAAGCUUCGCAAUCAGAAGAGAAGCUGGACGAGAAAACGAGCGAAAAGGAAAAGGAGGAAGUGCAGAAGAACAACGAGAAGCAGAGUGACAGCGAUAGUGACAGCGAUGAUGAUGAUGUAGAGGUUGAGCAAAAGACUAUGGCGUCACCGCAAGAGGAGCAGAAGGUGCGGUUUGAGGAUAAAGAAGAACAGAAAGUUGCUCUACGACCGGCCGAAAGCGGAGGGUCAAGCAAACCCAAGGAGGACAACAAGGAAGAAAAGUCGGACGACGAAGCAGAGGACGAAACAAAUUCCAAAACCGCGCCGACCCCUGACGGUGCUUCUUUCCAAGAAGUGGAACUAUAG